AGGCUAAUUCAGCAGGGGACUUUUUCCUGUAGGGCAGCUCAGUGCAGACUGGAGGAGGGCAGAGUGCGCUGAACGGCAAUAUGUGUUCUAAAACUAUUCACUUCACGCUCGUGUUUAGCUCUCAUGCUAAUCUGAGAACGCAGGUCUGAUUUAUGUCGUUGUUCGGCGCUUUCGGCGAGACUCUUUAAUAAAACAGCAGGUAAAGGUGCUGAGGCUCGUUUUGAGGCUCGGCUCUGUUUCCUCCAUUAGGUCACCUCCCUCUGCGCUUUGGGACGGCCCUCUGCUAACUAGCCUGCCCUGCCUUUACUCCUCCACCGCUCACAAAUUCUACAACUUUUCUCACUCCGUGAGUCCCGCCGCUCAGAGAUUAACCUUACUACUCUUCGCAAUGGACCCCAACUGAGAGCUGAGAGCUUCAGCCUGACUGAGGUUUUGAGCAAUGGCGCCAUUCGGACGAAACUUUCUGAAAGCGCGCCUGAAAAACAGGACUAAGGAUGCAGACAACACUCCAGGGAAGGAAAUCCAAGUGCUGGUGUGCCAAGAAGAGAAAAUCGUCAGUGGUGUCACCAAGCAUACGACUUGCGCUGAUGUAGUUCAGGCUUUACUGGAAGACCAUAAAACCAUCCCGGAAAGUAAGAGACUCCUGCAUGGAGAGCCUAAAGAGUUCUGUCUUCUGGAGAGGUGGAAGGGUUUUGAAAGGGCUCUGCCCCCUCUCACCCGUAUCCUCCGUCUGUGGAAUGCUUGGGGCGAGGAAAAACCCUUUAUCCAGUUUGUGUUGGUGAAGGCCAGUGACUUCGUGCCAUCCUCCACAGGUGCCAAGAGGGCCACAAAGUCCCGAGGGGUCAGGUCUAAGAGAUGGGAGCAGGGUCCAGCACAGUAUGCCAAGACCCUUCCUGUGGAGCGUCAGAAGCGCAUGGUGAAGAAGGCCUUUCGCAAGCUGGAGAAGAUGCAGAAGGGAGGGUCGUCAGAGGGUUGCGAGGAAAUUGACAAAAUGGUGCAGCUGAUCAUCUCCCAGGACCACACCAUCAGGCAGCAGAUCCACGACAUGCGAGAACUGGACCUGGAGAUCCAGCAGAUGGAGCAGCAGCUGAAGGAAAGUUCCUUAUCUGGCUCUGACCUCAGUGAAAGCUCUAAUGAACAGUUGCUCUCCUUGUCCAUGUUCGAGUGUGAGGACCAACUGCAGGAGUACCUUUACACCAGCAAUGGUGUUGAACAACUGGAUCUACAGGUGCGCCAGCAUCAAGAACUCAUUGACGAGCUGUCCAGAGACAUUGACCUGGAGCUGAAAAGAACCAUAUGGAUGGUAGAUUCUGAUGAGCUAGAAGGGGCAGCAGCGGCAGCUCCUGCAGUGGAUCUGGACCCUGUCUUCACUUUGUCACCUGCAGAAUGUUUAGAGCUUGAAGGCUUGCGCAGUGAGCUGGAUCUGAGCAUGAGGGCAGGACUUUCCCUCCAUGCCCAGACCCAGGAUAUGGAGAAACAGCUGCAGCACAACAGCAAGUUGCUGCAGUCCAGAAACCAGGAGUAUCAGCACCUCAUUGCCCAGCUGAGCUCACUGCAGCUAGGGGACUGCCCUGAUCCACCAAGCCCUGUGUCCCUCAAGAGCCCAAUCAGGGCUGGCAUCUCUCAGCAGACAGUAGGGAAGCUCAGGCAGAACCUUUCUCCUACUGAUGUUACAGACACAGACUCAGACACUGGUAUAAGCUCCACUCACAGUCAGGACUCACUGUCUCCUUGUGUGGACAGACCACCACCCCUAGACACUGAUGUCUAAACAGGACUGUGUAGGAUCUAGUCUUUAGGAGCUAAAUGUGAUCUCAUAGCAAGCAUAUAUGUCUGGAGACAACCAUGAGGGUAUUUGGCUUAAAUGUGGGUGGGAGCAUAAAUUUAUUAGGCUCAAAGAAGUUGCAACAUCUGAAACAAGAAAUUGCUGUAGUGAGCUUGUCAACAUUGCCUGACCGUCAAAAAGGCAGUUGUUAGUGUCAUGGAGUUAGCUAGAAUAGCCCACAUUAGACUCCAAAAAGCAUUACGUGUGAUACAUGUAAGGAAAACACAUUACAGGAUUUAAAAAUAAACGUUAUCUCUUGCAUGGUAAAAAACAUUCAGUUAAAGUGUACUGUUUUACAUUUGAGGCCUAGAACACAUCACUGGACAGCAGUGCAAAAAGUAAUUCAAUUACUUUACUUACUACUUCUUGGAAAAAAGUAGUUUAAUUACUCCUUACUUUACCUCUGCAUUACUGUCUAAAACCUAUGCAAAUCUCUGUCAGAUGGAAAGUACGAGGAAAAAAAACAAUAGUCUGUUCAGUACUUUAUUUAGAAAGAAAGCACCAGUCACAGUAAACAUCAUUUAAAGGCCUAUUACUGUCAUGGCUGAACAGGACACAGCUGGUUAUGCUGAUUAAAAUGAUUAAAACGGCUACUGCUGUUUGAACACCAAUAACCUUGGUACUAGAAACUGUCCAUAAACAGCUGCGUCGAAAUAAAAUCUUUAUGAAUAAACUGUAAAGCUUACAGAGCUGUUUCUGAAAGUCUGUAGCUGAGAUUUGAGCAGAGAUUCCCAAAUUCGUGCUGCUCUGUUUGUAUCCACAAUUGAAGACAAGCGAUCAGCUGACGCAGAUAACUAAUGCACAUGCAAAUUACAUACAAAGACAGGAAAAAAAUCUAUAUAGAGGAAAUUGAUGUUUUAAAUGCAUCAUGCUCAAUAUUCUUUGUUAGAGACAUGAGUAACACAAGUAACAUAAUUUUUUUGAUGUCAGUAACUGUAACGUGAUUACAGAAAUUAAAACUAUAAUGCGUUACACUACUUUGUUAUAGAAAAAAAAGCACAUUACUGUAAUGUGUUACUUUGUACUGCUUUACCCCCAACUCUGACGAACAUGUAAUAAAAGCUAAGAAUGCGUUACCGUCGGAUGGUUACAGUGACAUAGCUGGAGUAAAUGAUGUGAUGUGGGUAGAAUUGGCUACUGCAUUCACAGGUAAUGCUUCACUGGUGAGCAAGAUGUUGAUUUGCCUGUGUUAUUGAUUAGCCUUCAGAUUUUAAAAGUGUACUAGAGUUUGGGGGCAGGUUUAAGAGGGAAAUCCUGUAGAUGUAGCCUUGUUAGUGGCCAUCCACUACUAAAAUUUUUAACUAGUUGUCUCCAGAUGUGUAGCCUCAUUAUGUGAUCACUUCUGGCCCUGCGAGACUACAGUUAUAUGCAAAAUUUUGGGUGCCCCUAGUCAAAUAACGUGUUGAUUUUCUAAGUGUAAAGUCAACAAUUCUUGACAGAGAACACGCUUUUGCACAUUUCAGUGCACAAUUACUGUUUAUUUGCUGAAUUUAACAGAGAAAAAAAUAAGACGUACUAAAGUUAUGGCACAUUUUAGAUUUCAUGUUUUAUUUUUCCAAUAAGUUAAACUCAGCAAAUAAAUAGAAAUUGUGCACUAAAAUUAGCAGAAAGUACCAUAUUUACAUGUGUUCUCUGUGGAGGAUUUGUUAAUUUAACAGAGGGUGUUCAAACUUUCGCAUAUGCCUGUAUGUGAGACCGAAUAUGUCACUCAUGUUUUCAGGCAGCUUGACCAAGAGCUUUUGAUUUAAUUCACAUUUGCUUGUAGUGCUGUGUGUUGGACUUUAAGCUACCAGUCAGCUUCGAGAACUAGCACUGUUAGCACAGGAUUAUGACAUUGUGUGCUUUCCAAAGCAGCAGAGGGAGUGAACGUUACUGUGUGUAUCUCAGUGGAGUACACAUUGUUAUCUACCCAUCUGUUUAUAAGAUCAAGCAUUCAAAUAACUCCUGUUACAUCACUGUUCCCUACUGGUGCUGUUUAAAACACAGUAAGCAAUCCAUGAUAGCAAAUGAUAACACAUCUCCCAGAAAUUUAAUUCCACGAUGGUAUCAUCACAUACCACAAGAGUCAAACAACAUACAACAGAAAUCUCUCCCAGGUUUGAUCUGCAGAGAUUUAUUAAGGUUCACAGAGUUCUUUUUCUUAGAUGUUUCUGCUCACUAUAGGCUUUUCAGUAGGUUCUUUCACCCAAGACUGUUGCUUUACAUUGAAUGUAAGUAUUUAAGGCCAUAGCAAUACCAUUAAAAUAUGCUUAUCAAUGAAAGAACAAUUGUUUUAUAUUAAAACACACCACAGGCAUUUUGUAGAGCUGAUUUACCAAUUUUUCAGAAAUCCUUUUAAAACGUGCAGCAGAAAUCUUUUUUUUUUUUUACAUCAGCCUAUUUGAUAAGCUAUGGUAUGAACUAAUAAUCAUAUGCACACAUAGUAGAUAUGAUAACAAUUAAUGUGAUUUUGAAUACAAAAAUAAUAGAAUUUAUUUAUUAUACACCAUGUGUUUUAUUUAAAGUGACCCACUAUGCCACUGUUUAAAAAAUGUAUUCUCACAUAGAUGAGUUUAAAUGUAUGUACAUGCAAAAAUUCAUUCGCACUUCACAGAUACUUUUUUAAAUGAUUUUUAUAAUAUUUUCCCAAUAAAAUUUCCCAAUAAAACGUUGUUGACU